AAGCCACCCGGUCCGCAUUGGCGUGUGGACGGCGCGUGAACCUUCUCAUCCCUGGGUCGGCACCUUUUUUUACUCUUUGACCACCCACAACGCUCGUCAGCCCAUUUCUCAGUAUUCUUCUUUCUCUCUUUUGGACUCCUUCUUGAAUAUUGCUUUGUUAAUCAUUUUCUCCCUUCCCCAUUCACACGCAAAACAACGCACUGCCAACAGUUCAAUCCACACCAAGGACUCGGCAUCGAAAUCCAGACACCAACAUUAACAACAGACCUUCUAGCCAAGUCAGCUUGCGCCUCCCCCUUUGACACCCUAGCCGACGAAGCCCAGGCAACCCCGAAUCCCACAAGGCGAGGAACGUUCGCAGACAGGAGAGGAGACGAGCGUCCUGCGCAGACAGCAGUCUCGCGGUUGACUCCUUGCCACCAUGAGUUACGGGUCAGUUUAACCCUUUCUCGCGAAACACGCAUACACACCCACACCCCUUUGACCCUCAAACUCUCGAUUCCGACACGAACGCCAGAGCCCGCGCGCUCCUCCGUGACCGAACCGUCGAUCACCGAACGGGACGAACACCGAUCGCUGACAGUGUUGUAAAUGGACAGAUACGGAGGCGAUAACAGCAACCCAUACGACCAGCGGGACAGCCCCGCUGGCGCCGGUGGCUACAACCAGGGAGCACGACCACCGCCAGCACAGUUUGGUCAGGGCCCCCGCCCAGGAGGUGGUAACAGAUUCAACAACGGCGGCGGCGGCAGCCCGGCUAUGGGACAUGACGAUUACGGAUCGAGCAACGUUGAGAUGGCAUCACUCGCCCAGAACGCGGGCUCCUUCGCCCAGCAGAACAGCGACCCCAACUUCGUUCUGAACGAGUGCAGGAGCAUAGACGAGGGCGUGGGCGGGAUCGAGCAGAACCUCAACCAGCUGCGCAUGCUGCAGGACCGGUCGCUCAACGAGGCGGACGCGACGGGCUCACAGACGCAGCGGCAGCUGGACCAGUUGUCGUCCGAGACCAUGGCCAUGUACCGCACACUCACGGACCGGGUGCGCAAGGUCAAGUCGCGGCCCGAGGCCACGAGCGCGCGCAACGCGGCCCAGGUCAACCGCGUCGACCGCCGGCUCAAGCAGGCCAUCAACGGCUACCAGCAGAUCGAGUCCGGGUUCCGCCAAAAGUCGCGCGACCAGCUCGAGCGCCAGUACCGGUACGUCAGGCCCGACGCCGACGAGCGCGAGGUGCGCGACGCCGUCGAGGACGCGGCCAACGGCGGCGGCCAGAUCUUCCAGCAGGCCCUCAUGCAGAGCGACCGGAGGGGCCAGGCCCGCGCCGUGCUUAGCAACGUCCAGGACCGCCACGAGCAGCUCAAGAAGAUCGAGCAGCAGAUGAUCGAGCUCGCCCAGCUGUUCCAGGACAUGGACACCCUAAUCGUCCAGCAGGAGGUCCAGGUCGCCCAGAUCGAGCAGAAGGGCGAGGAGGUAGUCGAGAACCUCGACAAGGGUAACGAGGAGAUCCACGUCGCCGUCGAGACGGCCAAGAAGACGCGCAAGAAGAAGUGGAUCUGCCUCGGCAUUGUUGUUGCCAUCGUCGUCAUCAUCGCCAUCGGUGUCGGUGCCUGGAUCGCCAUCAACAAGCCCUUCGCCCAGCCCGCCGCCGCCUCCCCGGCCGCACCAGCAACAACCACCGCCGCCGUCGCACCCGCCAAGCGCUCCGUCGUCAAGUUCAACGGCGAGCGGCCCGUGUCCGCCGUGUACGCGCAGUCCAAGAUCGUCUCGGGCAGCGCCGGCGCCAACGUCGUGCCGCUGUCCCACUUUGCCGGCCGCGCCCGCGAAAUCGUCCGCCGCUACGUCCUCGCCGCCGAAGAGAAGCCCGCGGUCGAGCCCGAGCAGAGCAGCAAGUUCGGCGCCAACGCCAUCAACCUCGGCGGCGUCGGCGGUGGCGGCCGCUUCAACCUCGAGAGCCUGGCCGCCGGCGUGCCGACCAAGACCAAGACCAAGCGCCUGGCCCUGCCUCUCGGCCGGUCUUUUGACGUUGAGACGCGCUCGCUUGUCCCUGGGCGGAGCACGCCGCGCAUGAUCGAGUCUCAACGCGGAAAUAUCUGAGUUUUUUUUUUUUCCUGCUUGAAAUCCCCUUGUUAGCAUUUUUGUUGUUGUUCGUUGUAGUUGUACGACAGAAAGCCUUUUUUUAUGUCCUUUUUGCUUUGUUCUUUGCCGGUUCGGGGACGGGAAGCUAGCUUGAGAUCAAAGAUGGGCGGCGUGUUAGAAACCCCCUGGCUCGUUCGCUCAUUCUUGGAGAUAUCACAAUAUCAAGCAAACCUUCUCGGCCAGUUCUCUUUUGUCGCCUAUACACAUCACACCCAUCAUCCCACCCGCGCGCAUACCCCCCCAACAAGACGGGGGCCUUGUUUUGCCUUUGUCAUUUCCUGCGGCCAUUUUCAAUUGCAUUUCUGUUCUUUUUUUCUUUUUGUCUUUGCCUCUCUGUCUCUAGGACCAGAAGAAAAGAGGAGCACGGUGAUGCGGUGGUGGAAUUUGCAAACAUGGGGCUUGCCGCCUUGUCUUGUUGGACAGAGGGAGGGAGAGGAUUGACAAAAGAGACUCAACAUGCAACCCCCUGGUGAACAAGGGCGGCAAAAAAACAUAUCGCGGCUUCAUUAGACUUUGUUUGGUUCUUUCUGUUUCUUGUUGCUGUUUUGCAUUUUCACAUUCUGAAUAUUUUUUGGGAGUCCCUUGGAGGCAUUACCGGCGUUUAAUUGAACCUUCCAUUCUUGAGCAGAUUUGAAUGUCACUCUUUUGCUGUCGUGUGGAACAGAUGCCUCCGUCUGCACUUCUAUCGAUUCCGUCGGAGCCAAAGGCCGUGGCAAGCCAGCAAAGAUUUCAAACGACUACCGUUAUGGGAAACAAACACUUCACAACGUAUUUUCCAAAGCACACUGUAAUGCAGACCUUGGGGCCAGCUGAUUCUACCACAUGGCUCAAGUUGGCUGAGGGCAACUUAAAGCAAGCUAUAUAAUCAAUGAGUUUCACCAUAACACCAGACACCUAAAGCCGAAAAAAUAGGGACAGACUAGAACACGAUCCAAG